AUGAAGUCGGGAUCACUGGUCAGGAUUUCGCAAGCACUACUAUUCAUGACAUGUAUAGUAGGGUUAGCCAUUGCCCAGGACAGUCAACAAGACUUCCUCAAUGCCCACAACUCGGCUCGCGCGAUGGUUGGCGUCGGGCCACUGAGUUGGGACGAUAGGGUGGCGUCGUACGCGCAGCAUUAUGCCAACCAACGCAUAGGUGACUGCAAUCUGGUGCACUCCGGAGGGCCUUAUGGGGAGAACAUUGCAUGGGGCAGCGCAGACCUUUCGGGCGUUGAUGCCGUGAAAAUGUGGGUAGAUGAGAAGGGCGACUACGAAUACAACUCGAACUCCUGCGCCGCUGGCAAGGUUUGUGGGCACUACACUCAGGUGGUGUGGCGGAACUCGGUUCGUUUGGGGUGUGCUAAGGUUCGGUGCAACAAUAAUAAGGGUACCUUCAUCACUUGCAACUAUGAACCCCCAGGCAACAUUGUUGGCCAGCGCCCUUACUAAACU